AUGGCAGAAGAGAUCCUGGGGAAGUCAGUCCAGCAGCUCAAAAAGGAGAGGACCAUUGCAAAAAGCAGCUUCACAAGACAGGCCAACUUCAUUUCAAGAGGAGCAAGCAGCAUGCUUCAAGUGGAGUUAAAGGAGGAGUUCAUUAAGCUUUCAGACUGCUUCAGAAAGAUGCUCGAUGCCAAUGAGGACUACAGGAUUGGAUUGGAGGCUGACAUUAAAACUGAAGACGAGGACGCAGGUCUUGAUGUACAGCAAGAAGCCGACAUUGAUAAAUCUGUAAAAGAAGGUGAAACAAAGUUGAAAGAAAUAAGAGACACUGUUCAAACAAACCUGUGGUCAAAGUAUGGAGGAAGUGAACUUCCUGUGGCAAUCCUGGAAGCAGAAAAAGCCAAUGACAAAGCGGCUGAUGUACCCGUGGAAAGUGCCAAUUUAGAGGGCUAUGAAGUGCACCUCGUUCUCUUGGACAAGAGAAUAAAGGAAGCCAUCUCAGCAAUGUCAACAUGGGAGAGAUGGAUCCCUGUGGAAUUAAAGGAUGAAUUAGGUGGAAGAGUCAAGGGCCUAAGAGCAUCCUACUACAGGCUUGAAUUAAGGAAAGCUGAAUUUGCCACUGCGCGGACGAUCAAUGAGCAAGGCACAGGAGUGAAACUACUACCCCAACCAGCAACAUUCACACCAAUAGUGAGAAUCAAGCCAACCACUCUACCUAUCUUCAAUGGAAGCAAGAGGGAAUAUCACAGAUGGAGGAAAGCCUGGGAGAGUCUGCAAAAGCAGGGAGAGCCAUCCGGAUCAACUGAAGUUAAGAAAAUUCAACUUUUGGAAAGUGUGGAUGACAAAAUCUCAAAGGACCUCAGGCUUUCAACCUACACAAAUGCCAAUGACAUGUUCAGAGUCCUGGAAAACAGAUAUGGCAACAAGUCAACCAUCACUGUGGAAAUACUUGAAGAGCUGGAGAAGAUGCCACAAGUGAAGGGGAACCAGCCCAGAAAGGUCAUUGACCUCAUUCAGUCAGUGGAGAAGGCCCUAGCGGAUCUCACAGAGUUAGGAAACUCUGGAGCCAUAAAUAACCCACUGGUAAUUAAAUCAAUUGAAAGUAAGUUGCCUGACUUUAUUAAAAGAGACUGGUUGAUGUUCAUGUUUGAACCCAGAAACAAUGUCACAUCAGACAACCACUUUGACAUGCUCUUGAAGUUCCUGAAAAGUCAAGAAGAAAUACUAGAGAGACUUGAACAGCUCAGAACUGUGGAGAAGAUGGAGAAAUCAGAUCUUCCAGACAAGAAGUAUGACAGGAAGAUUGCUUCAACAAAAACCACAAAGAAAGAAGAGCUUGAUGAGGUAUGUGGUAUCUGUGGUGAUAGUGGGCACAACAACAAAAUCUUCUUCUGUAGAAAGUUCAAAAAACUUAAGCUACCAGAAAAGAAAGCUGUAUUGAGAAAGCUGGGAGCAUGCAGAAGAUGUCUUGGAAACCAUGAUGAAGAAGGAUACUGCAGAGACACUUUCCUAUGCAGAAAUAAAGACUGUAAAAGGGAAGGUGGUGCCCCAGACCACCAUUUUUUCCUCUGCCCAAAAGGAGAAGUCAAAAGAGGGGAAGAGAGAAAAAGUGGAAAGGACUGCAAAGGUGAAAGCAAGCUAACGGAGGAACAAGAGAAGAUCUUAUCAGAACUUUCCCCAGAAAUGGCAGAUCGAUGCAGAAAGGCUUUCACCAACACAAACAAAAACACAGUGACACUCGACGCUUCAGGCCAAUCUGAGCUACUGCAGAGAAAUGGGAUCUCUGAACUUCCUGUCAUCAUGAUGUUGAUGCAAGUCACUGCAAACGCAGGGCAGAGGAUUGGGACUUUAAUUGAUCUUGCUUCAGAUACAAACUACAUUACCCAUAAGGCUGCUGAAAGACUGAGGUUAAGAAGUGAGAAGAUAACUUUAGUUGUGCAUGGAGUUGGUGGAAUGACCAUGAAGGUGAACACACGAAGGUAUCUCCUCAAAGUCAGAGUCAAGACUCCAAAAGGGACGGAAAGAGCUCAUGAAAUGGUCUGCUACGGCUUGGAUGAAAUCGCCAGAGUGCAUCAAGUAAUUGAACCUGAGAAGCUGAAAAAAUUCUUCCCAGAAGUCAAACUUAAAGAGUUGGAAAGGCCAGAAGAGGUCGAACUUCUCAUAAGCCACCGAGAGGGAAGACUGACUCCCCAGAGGGUAAAAAUAAUCGGAGACCUCGUCUUGUGGGAGAGUCCAUUAGGGAAGACAGUGGCUGGAGCACAUCCCGACUUGUUUGAAGAAGUGGAGGUUGCAGCAUAUGAGUCCAAAACACACUUUGCUCGCUCCAUGAGGGCAGCAGCUGCCAAAUAUCAAGAAAUCACAAGUCCAAGAACUGACACAGCCCAGCUACAGCAGAAGGAUGUUGCUCAGACCAAAUUUACAGCUGCCAGCAACCGUGAGUUCCUUGAGUGGUGGCACUGGGACAGCAUUGGAGCCGCAUGUGAGCCAAAAUGUGGAGGAUGCCGAUGUGGAAACUGUCCACCAGGAGGAAAAGAAAUGACCCUGGCAGAGGAGAGGGAGCUUGAGAUCAUUAAAGGAGGCCUCACCUACAAGAAGGGGGAUGCUCACACAGCAGCUCCACAUUGGGAUGCAAAGUAUCCUUGGACGGUAGAUCCUGCCUCUCUCCCAAACAACAAAGGUGCCGUCCCGGCUUGUUUCUUAAGGAUGAAACAGCAACUAAGUAGAGAGCCAGACUGGAAAGUCGCAUAUGCUACCCAGAUUAACGAAAUGGUUGAACGGGGCGCAGCCAUGAAACUCUCCAACAAAAUCAUGGACAAGUGGAACGGACCAGUGUGGUACGUAAGCCACCUGGUGGCGCCAAACCCUCAUUCAGUGACGACACCAGUUCGAUUUGUUGAAUCAAAAGCCAAGCUGACACCUCUGGAUCAGAAGGGAGAAGCUCUAAAAGCUGAGCUCUGUGGUGCUGUCUUUGCAGCCAGGAUCAGGAAGUAUGUGGAAAAGCAUGCUCGAAUGAAGAUUGAGAGAUGGUUCCAUCUACUCGACAGUCAAACAGUCUUGGGAGCCAUACAAAGAGUCAGUUAUGGGUACAAAACCUUCUUUGCAAAUAGAGUGGGUGAAAUCCAGAAGGCAGGACUAAUGCAAGACUGGUGGUGGAUCCCUGGAGAUCUAAACAUAGCUGACAUCAUAACAAGAGGGGGCGCUCCUGAAGAUUUGAAGGAGAAUUCCACAUGGCAAAAUGGACCAGAGUUCCUGAAGUGGCCAUUGGAGGAGUGGCCUAUAAAAUCCGCUGGAGAGGUUGCAGCUCAUGCUAGAGAGAGUGCAAACAAACUCCAGAGGAAGGCAUUCUCAGGUGCAUUGACAAGAGCUCAAGCAAGGAGGAGUCAGCAGAAAGUAGACCCACAAGCCAUCCAGGAAAUUCCAAAGAUUGAGACUCAAGAGGAAAAUCCUGUGGUAAACCCACCUCUUCUAAGAAGGAAGCCCAUUGGCUGGGUUAAAGAUCUUGUAGAAGUAAGAAGAUUCAGUAGCCUGUCCAAACUGGUGAGAGUGAUUGCCUGGGUUUGUCUAGCUGCCAAGCAGUGGCUGAAGAGGAAGUGCCGGGCCCCUAAACUGUCAAAGUGGGAGGUAACAUCACCCAAGCAAGCUAUGCUGACUGUCAAAGAACAUGAAGAUGCACUCAAGGACCUCUUUCUCGCAGCUCAAGAAGGUAUAUCUUUUUCAGACACAACUCUAAGCAGACUGGCAGUAUACAAAGAUGUGAACUCUGGACUGCUAGUUUGUGGAGGCAGAAUUCAGACGUUCAACGAAGAUAAGACAGCAGUGCCAGUUUUACCAUUUGAAGCAUGGGUAUCUACAUUGCUGGCACGAGAAUCCCACAAAGCAAACCACGAAGGAGUGGCAGGAACCCUUCUCCGGAUGAGGAAGAAAGCAUGGAUAAUAAAAGGCCGUAGACUUGCCAAGAAAAUGGUUGACAGCUGUGUGGUCUGCAGGAAAAACAAGGCAAAACAGUGUCAACAAAUCAUGGCUGACCUGCCUCUAGAGCGAACAGGCCCAGCUUCACCUUUUGAAUUCACCACCAUGGAUCUGUUUGGCCCAUAUGAAGUUAAAGAUGAGGUCAAGAAGAGAGCUAGACUCAGAGUAUGGGGGAUAGUUUUCUGCUGCAUGGCUUCUCGAGCCAUACACACUGAAGUGGUGAGUGACAUGUCAUCUGAAGGAUUCCUGCUAGCCUAUCAAAGAUUCACUUCACUGAGAGGACACCCCAGGAAACUCUGGUCAGACCCUGGCACUAACUUUGUGGGAGCCAGACCUGCUCUGGAGAAGCUUCACAAAUUCCUGGACCGACUGAACAGGUCUGAACUUGAAGAUACAGCUGCCAAGCAUGGUACAGAAUGGUCGUGGAAAAUCCAUCCUGCAGACUCUCCCCAUAGGAAUGGUGCAGCAGAGGCAGCUGUCAAAGUAGUGAAGCGGGCGUUGAGCAACCUUGGUGGAGAUGGCGUUUUCACAUGGGGAGAAUUCCAAACUUUUCUCUUCAUGGCAGCCAACCUUGCAAAUGAGAGACCCAUCGAUGCAAGAACUCAAAGCAGAGAAGAUUGUGUAGAGUAUAUCACCCCGAAUUCUCUGCUUUUAGGACGUGCCAAUCCAAAGGGAGACCCUGGAGAUUUCCAGUUUGACGGGUACCCUUACAAAAGACUUAAACAUAUUCAAGCAGAGUUAAGCCAUUUCUGGAAGAAGUGGAGCCAAUUGGCUGGACCAAAUCUGUUCAUAAGAAACAAAUGGCACACCAAAAAGCGAAAUGUUGCUGUUGGAGAUGUGGUCUGGUUGGCUGACCAAAAUGCCCUAAGAGGACAGUACAAGCUGGCUAGAGUGGUCAGUGUGAAUGCUGACAGCAAAGGCAUUGUAAGAGAUGUGCUUGUGAAGACUUUUCCCAGCUAUCCUGUUCACAUCAAAAAGGAAAAGGCAAAGAAGGGCCCACGAGAGGAAAUGGUGAAAAAACCAGGAGGCUUCAAAACAAAAUCCCAGCCACAAUUCUUCAUAGAGAUGUCAGACGCCUUGUCAUUCUACUUCCCGCUGAAGAACAAGAAAAUGAAGGGCUUGUGUGACCUCUGGAUUUGGAAAAACCAGGAGCUCAAGUGGGAGGUGUUGAGCUGACUCUCAGAAUGGGUCUGGAAAACUACACUUCCCAGAGUUCACCAGCAGCAGCAAACUGACUGCCUGUCACCUGAUCAGUCAUUGUCACUUAUUUGGAGCACCUGUGAAGACACUGAGGGACUCAGCCAUUCAGUCAAACAAACUUCAGAGAGAAGACCUCAAGUUCACUCAUAGGUUCAGUCCGAAGACGCCAAUGGUUUACAACCUAAUUUACCGUCCAGACCAAUCAACUGAUAAAGCCAAAAGGAAAAUAAAAGUGAUUGAGUUGGAAAUUUGAGUUGUCCUGUGUCCUUUGGAUUUUGAACAAGAGGAGGACUUGACAGAGAUAAAGGGCACUGUGGACCUUUGAUAGCUAUGAUAGAUAGUGAUCAUAUAAUUAAUAAUAAUAUAAUUCCCAGCUUGCAACGUGUGUGUUCGAAUCUGUGCUGGGUUCGGAGUGAAAGGAUUUUUUUGUUAUGUUACUGUUAACGCUAUAAACCGUCAUCUCCAACUUAGAUCAAAGGAAUAAUAUUUCCAUGUGUUGUUGAUCUGAGAGAGGCUUGGACAUAAUGUGGAUGGAAAUAUAAACUGGAUGUAUGAC